AUGGCAUCAAGUGGCAUCAAUUCUUCCACGACGGGUUCUCAUCGAACUGCGAUGGAGAGGUUUGGUGACGGUGGUAUGGCUCUCCUACCGUGGACCAUGCAUACACUGACCGUACUGUGGGAACAACUACGGUUGUUGGUCCAUGUCAUUUACUACAGCUUCUUGACAGGUACAGUAACGUUCAUUUGAUACAGAAACCUCACUUCCUUUUGUAUGUGUGGGAAAUGUGGCCCUGGAAGCACGGAUUGUAACUUGUUUUGUCCUGACACCGUAAAACAGGCGACAGUAUCAAUAUGCCAAGUUAAUUCAUGUCCUUAUUUUAUAAAACAUUUGACAGGGAGAAAGGGUAGGUAGGCUUGUUAAGUUCCAAAUAACAAUACCGGACAUAGAACCACUGUUACCAUAUUUGGUAUGACAUGUCAACAAUUAUUUGUUUGCACAUUGUUUAAUCGAUACAGUCUAUGGUUUAAUCAGGCAAAAAGAGGGGACCGUUUUGGCAAAUUGGAUAUUGAGCCUAACCUAUUGUUUUGUUCUUUUAACAGUUUUCCAGAUGUUCCGGUUUGAAGUUCACCUAAGAAUCACAGAAGAAACAGGUCAACACGUCCAGCACAUGACCACAGCAGCAAACAGAGACGAUUCCUUUUUCUUCUCAUUGUUUGACAGCGACAAAAGCGUCACGCUUGCUGGCUCUAACCCCCUAUCGAAUUUCUGCGGGGAUGUGGGCGAUGUCUCCGGAAAUUCCCACACAGGGGCCCUUCUGUCCAGCCUACAGGCUAAGGAGAUGUGCUGCGGAUUGGUGGAUGACUUUGUGUCCCGUGCCAGGAUGGAUAGCGAUGAUGGACUUUGCCUUGGACACCACCCCAGCUGGAAACUGGGCUUUCCAGGUGACUGGAACCUGUUUGUGAGCAGCACUGUCAGCAGCUCCAGCUUACAUGAAAUGUGUCGCAAGAACAAGGAGAAAGCAUUUGACUUCAAAACCAAACAUGACACCACCGAAGAUGAUAUGAGUGUUUACUGGGGUGAAGAGAAUGACCGAAACAUGGGAGAGUUUGACAGUGAGGACAACCCCUUCUCUGGCUCCCCCUGCAUUUCAAGCUGCUCCAAUAUGGGGGAAACGAAAAAUGAAGAUCGUGUUGACGGCGGCCUCGAAUGUAACUUAUCCAGCCGGCCCGGUGAAGAACUUCAAGAGACCCUCGGUGGCUGGAACAUCUGGAGCAGCCGUUCAGAUAGCGAGAGCAGCUGGGGGAGUUCAGAUGGUUCGUGCGCAGACCUGGACAAAGAGGAGAGCGAGAGGCUCUGGGAGCUCUUCACCAGCCCCACCGACCCAUACAACCCCCUGUCCUUCACGGCAUCUGUAGCCAGCUCAGUCCCUCACACAGACAAAGCACUUACACACUCCCAGGAGGCUGAAAGGGCCUCCGUCCUGACCUCAUGUUCUUCUGACACAGUUGACAGCGAGACCCCUGGCCCUUCCUCCUCUGAGGAUGACGCAGAGGAGCAGCUAUGGAGAUCCCUCUCCCAAAAUGAUGACCCUUACCACCCUCUGAACGUCCGUGCCUGCCUCCAGAGCUCCCCUACAACCACAGAGCCACCUGCCUUCAGCACUGGAGACCCACUCACCCCACAGAGCUGCCCCACACAGACGCCACCCGGCCAAGCUAAGCAGAGGGACGUUGUGGCCAAAAGCCUCCAAACAACCAGGCACACAAAGCCUUGUCUACCCAAGAGACAGCUGAAGCAGCAUUGCCACCCAGCCACUACACUACUACCCUGGAGGAGACCUGAAGCUAAAGUAACUGGACAAGGACAACCUCAGGAGGAGAAGGUCAAACAACCUCUGAAAAAGGUUAUUAGUUUUCCAUGUUAUACAUCCCUCAGUCUAUAGUUCUAGUUUUACUGCCUUAAAAAUGAUAUGCGUAUCACAUCGCCCAUAUAAACAUUCACAACCAAACAUUAUGUACUAUUAAUAGCUCAAAUUUACAUAUUGGCUAAACAUGAACAAACAAGACAUCCAGUUCAUACUACUUGAAUAUUAGGAACUGGAAAUUAGUAAGGGGGAACCACUUAUUUACUCAGAAAUACUCCGUACUAACAACCAAUGUAUGUGAUAAAAAAAGGUAAUGGCUGAUUCCACGCAAGCGGGAGCGAAAGUAUUUGUGGGUAUUCCAGAUUGCUUUGGCAAUUUUCACAGAAACUUAAUUGGGCGAGAAGAGAUGUUGGACAUGCUUUUUACAUUUGUAUCACAAACCAUACCCGUGAACCGACAACAUCUUGGUGUCAUUAUACCCCUUAUGGUGUGCUCUCAAAUAUGGAUUAUGUCUAGAUUCUGAAAUUAAACAAAUUCACAUUAAUUUAUUCAACAUAAAAAAUAUAAAUAUCUCAACUACCCCGUUUGGGUUAGCUUAUUUUUAGACAAAUUGUUUGGAACAAUAUACUCUUUAAACAUGUCAAAUUUCCAGAGUGGGCUCUUUGGUACUUUUUAAUGAUAAAACCAAUUUUAUACAUAGACAUUUAAAUUAUAGGUAAUUAACCAAUCACAGCCCUCCUUUAGGAUUGCACAUUCAGCAAAUCACCAGCAGAGGGAGUUUCCAUUGAAUCCAUUUACCAGUCGCUGUGUUUGUUGGUGAUACUUGUAAAAUGUAUCAUAAAUGUGAUGUACUUGAAGAGUAUAUUGUUCCAAACAAUGUCUUAAAAUGAACAAAAUAAAAAAGGGUAGUUUUGAGAUUCAUAUGAAUAUUUUAAAUGUUGAAUAAAUUAAUGUCAACAAUUGUAUUUCAGAAUCUACACAUACUCCAUAAUUUAGAGCUCACUAUAAGGAGUAUAAUGACACCAAGAUGUUGUCUGUAUCAUGUACAGUUGACGGAUCAUAAGGUCUUACAGGAGGAAUGUAUAGGGGAGGGGGGGAAAAAAGCAGAUUUUCUCAUUGUUUGGGAUACAAAUGUAAAAAGCAUAUUAAACAGCCUUCCUCCCAAUGAAGUUUCCAUGUGAGAAUUGCCAGAACAAUCUGAUACCAAAAAUAUAUUUUCUGCUCCCGCUAGUGUGGAAUCGCCCUAAUGUAACUUGUAGUAUAGUUGAUGGUGAGGUCAGUCAAUGACUCUUCUGCCUCAUAAGCACGUAGGCCUUGUUUAUUGUUGGUUAGCAACAACAGAGGUUGUAAUGACUAACCCUGUCAUGUGAUACGAGAGUCACGAGAGUCAGCGGAGAGUUCACUUCCAGUUAAUGUUGUGUGUCCGUCUGCCAACACUGCAGUCAAAUGCGCUGAGUCAAAUGCUCUUAUCUGACACGUGUUUUCCUGUUUUGUGUAUUUUAGGUUCGGUUCUCACCACUUGUCCAGGUCCAUGUGAUGCAUACCUGGCCCUUUGCUCGGCAGAUGUCUCGCAAAGGACCCUGGGAGGAGCUAGCCCGCGAUAGAGACCGGUUCCGAAAGAGGAUCCAGGAAACAGAGCAGGCUAUUGGCUACUUCUUCAGUCAAUCACACAGAGAGAUGAUUCGGGCAAAUUUGCUAAGCACUUCAACAUCAGCCAUGCCCCUAGUCCAUGAGCUCUGA